AUGGACAAUGAAGGUUCUGAUAUCUGUUCUUCCAAUGAGGGUGACUCUUAUGAAGAUGAACAAGUUCAAAUUGUUCAUUCUUUGCCUUAUUUUCUAUUGGAGUUAAUCGCUGCUGGUGCUUCAAGCUCCCUUGCAAAAACUACAGUUGCUCCAUUGGAGCGAAUCAAGAUACUUUUGCAGACUAAGGCAGAAGGAUUUCAUUCAGUUGGGGUGUAUGGAUCAUUGAAGAAGCUAGUGAAGUAUGAAGGUCUUAGGGGGCUAUACAAAGCAAAUGGUGUUAGUAUCCUUCGAAUGUUACCCCAUUCUGCAUUUCAAUACAUGACAUACGAACAAUAUCGGAGUUUGCUGCACUACAAAUGCCCAUCUGUAGGAACAGGGCCUCUGUUAAAUAUUUUAGCUGGCUCUGCAGCUAAUGGAACAGCAUUCUUAUGCACUUAUCCCUUGGAUUUGGCUCGAACGAAGUAUGCUUAUCAGGUGGUGGAUCGAGGUCAAAGUGGCAGUGAUGGUCUUAGAUGUAUCCAUUCGGGUCAUCCUGCACACCAAGGGAUAAAAGAUGUCUUCAGGACUGUCUAUAGAGGAGGUGGAAUGCUUGCUUUCUAUCGAGGUGUAGGUCCAACACUUGGUGGAAUCCUCCCUUAUAAUGUUAUAAAAUUCUAUGCUCAAGAAGAGCUCAAGAGAUGGGUUCCCAAAGAACAUCAAAGCUCCAUUGCAUUGAAUCUUUCUUGUGGAGCUUUGGCUGGCCUAUUUGGACAAACUGUCAUGUAUCCAUUGGAUGUUGUUAGGAGACAGAUGCAGGUUGACAUUCUGAAUCAGAGUGGUGCGCGGUACAAUGACACCAUUGAAGGUCUCACAGCCAUUAUUCGUAAUCAAGGAUGGAGACAGUUGUAUGGAGGCUUAUGCAUUAAUUACAUGAAGGUUGUUCCUUCGGUAGCCGUUGGUCUCGCAUCAUUCGAUGUUAUUAAGUGCUGGCUACAUAUCCCAUCGUAG